AUGAAUUAGUUUGAGAGUAAUUAAACUGGAGGAAGCUCUGAUUCAUCUAGCAACAAAUUAAAAGAACAAAAAAUUUUAAUGACUUUGAGUUUCUUGACUUUAAAAAAUAUAGUCUUUCCAAAGAUUUUAAACCAUUUGUUCUUCUCUGAAUAGAAAGGAAGAAUCAAAAUAAGAAAGACUGAUUAAUUAUUAAAAUUAUUGACAAAAACUUAUAAUGUUGAUUUAAUUGAAAAGUUUUCAAUAGAAAUGCCUGAAUAUACAGAACUAGAACUCAUUAUUAAAAUUUUGUAAUUGUGUCUUGAGAAUUUGGGUUCAUUAACAGAAGAAAUUUUGAGUAGCAAGGCAUUUUAUGCUUUUUAUUAUAAAUUAUAUGAUUAUUAGAAAAAGAAGUAAAGUAAUAAUACAUAUAAUAAUAUAAUAUUUGAAUAUGUGCAACAAAUAAUAUAGCAGACUCCAAAUAUUUAGGUAAUCACUGAAGAUUUCAGGUAUUUCAUUUAUUUUAAAGCAUAAAUGAUAGCAAUUAUGUAAGCUUUAAGGUUAGGAAUUCCCUUGACUUCAUUGCUUUUAUGCACUAAAUUCUAUAUGAAUAGAGAUACCUAAUAAUUCUUUAUUGAAUUCUUAAUAACUGAUGAGGUAUAACUCUCAAAUUUUAAUUAUCUAAUGAAUAUAGAUUAAUUGAUAAAUUAAAACAACUUAAGUUUAUCUGACAUGAAUUAUUAUAUAGAGAAAAUUUUCCCAAGAUAUGAGGAUGAAUUGAUUGAAACAAACUUUAAUAUUUUUUAAAAGAAUUUAGAUUUAAUUUUAGAAUAAAAAUAAUAUUUGAUGAUAGAUCUAUAGCAUUUGGUUGAAUCAAAGAAAUUUAUAGAACUUUACUCUGUACUUGCGAAAUAUCGUCAUUAAGUCGAUUAAGCUGAAAUAUUUUAUAAAGGCCUAUCUUAAAUCAUUUAAUAUUGCUAAAAAACUGAAAAAUCAAUAUUGGAUUUUAGUCCUGUGAAUAUUCCAUCAGUUAUUAAAAAGAACUUCUUUAGAACUCAUGAAAAAAAAGAACUUAUUUAAUAGCAAUAAAUUGAAUCUCUGCUGAUAUUUAAUAAGAUAAUGACCGAGAUGAUUAAAUUUAGAUUUCCAUUUCCAAUAAUUAUAACGUAUUUGGAUUUGAAUAUUGACAAUAUUUCAAUCAGUAUUUCAAAAGAAUUAAUAAUACAAUGUUAGUAAGAUAAGGUGUUCAAUUUAUUUCUUGCUUUGGUUCACUAUAACUUUUAAACUCUAGCCAAGUCUCAAACUUACUCUAAAGCCUUUUACCAUUCUUAAAUGGCAAAAUAAGAGAUGCAAAUAAAGGAAAUCAUUUUUAAAAUGUUAGAAAUAAUAAGGGAAUUUUAAAAUUUAUUAAAAAAUGAUUUAGAGAAAAUUCUAAAUGAGGAAGACACCAAAUAUAAAAUUCACAAUUUUAUUAAUCAGUUCUAAAAGACCAAGAUCGAUUAAAAUAGUAUUGAUUAGAAAAUAGCAUCCACAUUAUUAGAGUUAAUACAGUUUGACCAAUCAAAAGUUGUUGAUAUGAACAAUGAGAUAUAACUUAAACAGCAAUUGCAGAGUAUCAUAUAAGAAAUCGAAUAUAAAACCACUAAAUAACCCUAUCAAGAACGAAGAUUAGGAAGACCCCCAGGAUUCUAUUAGCAUUAAUAAUAUGUUUAGAAGAGAGUAAGAUAAAAAGCAUAAUAUUAAUAAAGAUUAAUUUAGUAGCCAAUGUGUUAAUAUUAAAUCUCAAAGGUUAAGAAAAUAAAUAAAUUGACUUCUGAAUAAUAGUUAAUGGAAGAAUUAGAGAGUAUUUUAGUUUGA